AUGAAACAGGACUCUGGAGUCGACUAUGCGAGCCGCGUGAUCGCCCUGCUGGGCAUCGCCAUGCCGACCUUCUGGAUCGGUGUGCUCGUGAUCUACGGCCUGGUAUACGGCACCGGGUGGUUACCUUCCCUGGAAUACGCCCACUUAUGGGAAGAUCCGAUCCAAAACCUUCAGCUGAUGCUAUUGCCAGCCGCGGUGAUCGGGUUUCACGACAUGGCUUCACGGCGCGAGUAA